AUGGACCGCUUGUCUUACUCGUCGAGAUCCACCAUGCAUAUCAACGGGCAACCAAACCACGAUGCUGGCUCAGCCGAGGUGAUAGCCACGAGUAGUGGUGGUGGGCAGCCAAGGGAAGUGAGUGGGCGGUCUUUCUCACCCCCUCCCCCCCUCCCCAAGGACCCUGCUUUGCGAAAUAUGCAGAACACCGACACAGGAAAACCCGGCAACCGAUGUCCCGAGCAGUUGAGAAACACGAAUGGUCAGCACCCCUUGUACCCUGGCCCUCCUUGGCCCUUGCUCAAACGAGACACGCCUCAGCCACGUUUAUGGAACAGCCGCCAGUCACCCACCUCUCGCAGCUUGAAGAUUGAAGAAAAAAUUCCAUUGAGUUCAGGUAUUGUUACCCACUCCAACCCGUCGAGCUUCCUCUCUAACCGCCCGGGGUUCUCCAAUCACGACUCCCCUCCCACAUUCUGCAUCCUUUCCACCCAUUCUUCGUCCCUCUGGCCUCGUCUAUUUCUCCUCUUUGCCCAGAUGUCGACCCAAGCCCAUAUGCGGUCUAGCGUCUUUGUCUCGGGCCAGUCGCUCAUCCUCGUGCCUCGUUGCCAACGCGGCCCGGGUGCCCUAAAGAGAAGCGCCAAGCUGCAUUUUCGCUCGCGUCGCCAGGCGAUUACCCCCCCGGACCCGCCCGUCUUCGAUCUCGCACUGCGUCUCUUGAAUGUUUCAAUAACCUUCUUCUUCCCCCUUUCCCAUUUCACAAAUUCCCGCCUGGUCUGCUUCAUCAUCGUCCCUGGAAACCAUCCUCGCACCGACGUUUGGUACACCAUCUCGCUUCAUCUCACACACGACCUUUACUCCGUACUAGCACUCGGUGCACAGGCACAAGGGCCACAAGGAAGAGCGAACAGGCGGAAGAAAAAGAAGGGCAGAAAGAAAGGACAUACCGGUCUGCCAGCACGCUUCUUCAAGGCGAUUGAAUCCUCUACCGUCUCGCAGAAGACCCCUAACCUAGUCCAAGGGGAAAUCAAUCUUGGAUCAUCGCAUUCUUCAACCGUCAACGUCACACCCCAGUCGACAGUCGAAACCGUGACAGUUUACCCUCGGCUGGCCAAGUUUCUGCUACCCAUCUCGGUCUUGCCCCCGGGCAACGGCCGGCCCUCCCCCCACACGCAGAGAGGCCUGACUUGGGCUGUGCGCCGAAUCUCCGGUACUUUGUCCCCCUUAUCAGGUUUUCGUCUCAAUAUCGACCCCUUCAGACCCGCUCGUGAACAGGGUGGUCGUCUGAUAUAUCCCCGGUCGUCCUCCCAUCAUCUUCUCUGCCUUUCCAACUUAUUGACCUGGCGCGUCCCUUUUCUUGCACGGCUGGAUCGACUUUUGGGUAGCUGUGCUUCCUCUCUUUUUUACAAUCUCAUCUGGAAGUAUUGGCGGUGCCGGGUCGCUCGCAUCUCAGUCGACGCACAUCCAACGAACUCGAACUCGAACUCGAACUCGAACGCCAAACAAUUCAUUCGCUGGUCCGUGGAGCGUACUCGGCGACGAAAGGGGAACCACCGAAAGUCAAUCAUUAUUGCUAGGAAGAAGGGGCCCACUGGACGAAAUUGA